AUGUCGGAGCAGAACCCCUUUGGAGACAUUGAGCAGGAUAACAAUCCGUCGUUCUAUGGAAACUUGUCUGUAAUAAACGAUCCAUACGGGAACGAGAGACGGUUUAGUUCCACAGACGAGGAUGAGCUGAUGCUGAUAGACACUUCGGCGUCACAGAAACCGCACCAGCAGCACCAGCACCAGCACCAACAGAAGGGCGCUGUGGGUAGUGGUGGCAAUUCACAUCCAAAGACACAUUCACAGAGUAAGAAGAGAGCCGGUAGAUCUUCAGCCAAUGGCGGGCUCAACAUCAAUGACUCGCUUGUGAUAUCUUCUAAAAUAGCGGACCUUAUAAAUCAAGGUAGAGACUCCAUAUCCAUUGAAGUGAUAUCUACAGAAAAACUCAUGAACUCCUCAUCGGUAGUGGUAUAUUGCAUUGAAUUGAAACAUAAGCUGUCGCCUGUAGGAUCUGGCAUCAUUGUCAAGAGAAGAUACUCCGAGUUCAAGUCCUUAAGAGACAACUUGAUGAGACUUUUCCCGACUAUUAUUAUCCCACCCAUUCCCCAAAAGCAUUCAUUGUUAACAUACUUGAUUACUUCCAUCAAUAACAACGAGGAAAUAUCCAUCGUUGAGACUAGAAAGAGAUUGUUCGAGUUCUUCUUGAAAGAUUUAAUAUUCCACUCCAACGAAAGAUUGAAAAACUGUGUCUUGCUCCACAAAUUCUUGGACCCGAACUACGAGAUGUGCUGGGAGAAUGCAAUAAACGAGCCUCCGUUGACGUUGGUGCCUGAUAACUUGUUGCUUGGUAGCCCCAUUGAUCCAACAAGGCAAAAUGGAUUGUACAGUUUGUUGCCAGUGUUAAACGGCUAUGAACCUGGAAGUAACAGCGGCACUGGAGAUAAUCUUGGAAGUUUGAAAAAGUUAAACGAAGAUUUACAGAAAGCGAAUGCCAUAGCAAGAAGUACAAUUAUUGCAGAGGAGAGGGAUGACUCUAAAGCAUUUAAUGAAAUUCCACUAACGUUAAUUCAUUUUGAGGCCAAUUUUUUGCAUGCGAUCAAAACGACGUCAGACCUUGAGAAACUUAACACUAGGGCAUCCACUCAUCUUAAAUCUUUGAUAUCUGCACUCAUUGAACUUGGAUCCAAUCUUAACAAUUUUUCUCUUCAAAUCCAUUCUCCAAAUUCAGACAAUGAGGUUAACCUUGCUAACCAAAUUGAAAAGUUUGGUUCCACUAUAGACUCAGUGUUUUUGAAUUAUGAAUCUUAUACUAUUUCAUCGUUUAUACCCAAAUGGCAGGAACCCAUCCAUCAGCUCAUCCAGCACUAUUAUUCCGCCACCCAUCUUCUUAGAUUCUAUAAGUUGAAACUCAUCCAAUUCAAACUUAUAAAAAAGUCAAGAGUACGCAAGCAACUCGAAUUGGAGUCUUACACUGACUCAUUAGACUCACAGCAAAAUAUCAAUGAAGCACUCAAGAAUGGACUUGAGCUUAAUUCUCCAUCCAUAACUCAAGCGGUGAAAAGAUUCGAACAAAAGCAACGUAAAUAUAAGAAAUCACUUCUGGUGAGACAGAAAAAGAGCUGGUACGGUUUAUUCGGAGGUAACAAAUCGAAUUUAAAUAGUAAUUUGAACUAUGAGACUUUAGCACAGGCGAAUGAGGAGCCACUGCAGAAUGUUGGAGCCGGUUCCUCUACAGCUGAAGUUCCUGGUUCAACAGCCAAUUCUGAACUAUAUGCUACUAACCAAAUCUCCAACGCUCAGCAAUUCCAGUUCAAGAAUAAAAUUGAACAGAUACACAGGGAGAUCGAAAAAUUGGACCAACUUAUAGAUUUAACUAAUAGCGACAUGAUUGAACUUACCAAAGAAUUAGAGGAAAACUUUGAAGAGUUUUUGAAAUUCUUGGAAAAGAGGUGGUUGAAAAUCAUGCUAGAUUUUAUCCGUGGUGGUAAGAAGUUGUUCGAAGAAAACUUACAAUCAUGGCAGGAUAUGAAGAAUGAUUUACCAGCUGUUGAAUAA